AUGGCCUCCGACGACGGGGACAAGGACGUCCUCCUCCUCGUCCACCAGGUCCCCCUCGACAUGGAUGAGGGGCCAGCGCCCCGCCUAGCGCACCUUCUCCCCCCGCUCCACCGCGCGCCUCCCCCGCCCCCGCCUCCCCCCUUCCGCUCGCCGCCCCCGCCGCAGGCCGCCGCAUCCGCCGAGCACCGCCUCUCCUUCCGCGGCUGGCUCGGCAUCCCGCGCCACUGGGAAGACUGGGUCGCCAAGCUCCGCCCGCUCCACUCCCGCCUCUGGCGCCACCUCGGCAUCCACGACGCCGUCCUCGCUUCCACCCUCCGCUUCAAGCGCGAUGCCUCCGCCGUCCUCCACCUCGCCUCCUUCUGGUGCCCCGCCACCGCCACCUUCGCCUUCCCCUGGGGGGAGGCCACCGUCACCCUCCAGGACGUCGCCGUCCUCGCCGGCUUCCCCGCCCUCGGCGCCCCGGCCCCGGCCCCGCUCCCGCCCCAGUGGCGCCCCGACGAGGCCGCACUCAAUGGCGUGCGCCUCGGCUUCAACCGCAGCGCCUGCAAGAAGGCGCACCACUCCGCCUGGGUCAAGCACUUCCUCACCGCCGACGACAACGCCGACCCCGUCUUCGAGCACGCCGCCUUCCUCGCGCUCUGGCUCACGCGCUUCGUCCUCCCGGGCCACCCGGAGUCCACCAUGCGCCAGGCCGUCUUCCCCAUCGCCGUCCGCCUCGCGCGCGGGGAACGCGUUGCCCUCGCCCCCGCCGUCCUCGCCUCCAUCUACCGGGACCUCCGCGAGAUCAAGGCCUUCCUCGGCGCCGCGGGCGCCGCCGCCACCGCAGGCGACGCCGAUAUGCUCUCCUCCUUAUCCGUCUACUCGCCCCUCCACAUUCUUCAGCUCUGGAUGUGGGAGCGCUUCCCUGCCCUCAGGCCAACAAAGGUGAACCCACUCGUGGCGGGCGACCCGCUUGCCGCUCGGUGGCAUGAUCUGAGCAGGAAGCUGAACCCGGCGCAGAUACGUCAGGCCCUCAACACAGGAUACAACUUUGUGUGGCAGCCUUAUGUCAGCUCCUUGGAGCACACUGGGUGGGUUCACAGCAGUGAUCUAGCCGGGAAUGAUGAACUGACAUCGCUCGCACAUUUCUUGCGCCCCUGUGAGCUCGUGGGGAUGGAUUGCAUUGAGCAGUACCUCCCGCACCGCGUCGCCAGACAGUUUGGACUGGACCAAGAUGUGCCUGGGGAUGUUCACCGUGCCAACCAGGAUUGGGCGAUUGCUUGGCAGACCUACCAGCUGGAGGGUAAGAAUGUGGCUUUCUUCAUCCCUCACUCUGAACCUGGGAUCACAGCAUGGUACGCACAAUGGUGGAGGCAGCAACUUCUGCCUUCUCACAUUGAUGCAGCAGCAUCAAGUGCUCCAGUAGAGUGGAAGCCUUCCAAGCGCAAGGUGAAAAAGACACCAGCGGCCAUGGAAGCUGAGGCUGAGAAGGAGCGGAGGAUGAAGAAGGCCCGUGUAUCUCCUACUACUGACAAAAAGCGCAAACUUGAAGAGUUGUAUGAUACUAAGUUGUCAGAUUGGCUUCCAACUGCGAGGAAUGAGAUUAGUGACACCACUAGUGACAUGGGAUCGGAGGAGGCCUUGUUGCCUAAUGUUGGAACGACCAAUGAUGAUAUUGUGCUACUUAUGCCAAGGAAGCAGACAACAACUGCACCUGUAACAGCAUUGAUGGAUAAUGACAUGACCCCGGCUCUAGGAGAGAGAGGAAACUUCAUGGUUGAUGAGCCUCCAGACAUCCCAAGUGAACCUGAAGCUGGUGUCCCUGCAACGCUGGAGGAGGAAAUAGUUAAAAUUCCUGUGGUUAUAUCUCUUGAUAUCCCAGACAAGGCAGAAGAAAGAGCCACUGCAGUAAUGGAGGAGCAGAAGGAAGCUAUUGGUGUAUCUGAUAGAUCUGAAGAAGUUAGUGCUCCGGUCAUAAAAGAAGUAGAAGAAAAGGUUGCAAUAGAGGGAGCUAUUUGUGUUACAGGGAUGAAUCCAUCAGGAAACAACACAGCAAUUGUAAUGGAGGCAGAUGAAAGAAAUGCAGUUCCAAAGGAAUUUGGAAGGGCUGCCGAGGAAGCAACUGAAGCUGUGCCACAGAGCCAGCAUGAAGUUGAUGCAGGUGUUAUGAACAAUUCUCAUGAUGCAGUGGCUUUACCUGAGGAGGCCGCUCCAGUUCAGCCUACAAAUGAUUCUGCUGGAUGUCCUGUGGUAUCUCACAUAAUGGAAGGUAGUAAUGUUGCUGGCGAUUCGGGCAAAAAUGAUUAUGAAAAUACAUCUUGUGAUUUUGUUGAGGAACAGAAGGAGAUUCCUUGUGUAGAAGAGAUUGUUGGAGAAAACAGUCGAAUGGGUGAGGAAGAGAGAAAGGAAACCUCCCAUGAAUCUCCUCAACUAGAGAUAGUAGAAUGUGUGCAAGACAUCGUUCUUAUGGAAACAGAAUAUGAUGUUGAGCAAAAGAUAGUUCAUCCAGCAGUGGAGGAUGUAGCAACUUCCAAUAGUAUGAGUCCAGCUCCCCUGGGUUUUCCUGAACCAGAAAAUGCAGAACUCAAUAAACAUCCUUAUCUAGCAAAUAAAGAUGCAGAAGAUAUACCCAUGGAAGUUGCACAAGGAGAAGCAGCAGAACUGGAACAAAUUAGUACUUCAGCAAAGGGAGGUGCCGAGGAGCAUGAGGAAUUUUCUGAAGUCGAUCACAUGGGCACAGCAGAUGCCAAGUUGCAUUUACACUUGAAUUCUGAGGUGCCUGAGAAAAUUGAUGAAGUAGAGCGUAAAGAAGUCGAUGGCACUAUGAGACUAACUGAGAGAGAUUCUGAUAAGAAGCUUGGAGAUGUCCCUGAAGUUGGGUACACAGAAGAUGAAAACAUUAGGGGACUGGUAGUGAAUACAAGUGAUAGGAAACCUUCAGAAGUCUCCCAAGCCGAGCCUGCAAAAGUGGAAGAUUCUAAGGAUUUGAUGGAAGAGGAUACAGACAAAUCUGAAAAUGUUCCUGGAUUAGACUGUACAGGAUUGGAGGAAACUCAUGGAGAUUUGAUGAAAGAGGGUACAAAUAAUACGUCUGAGAAUGUUCCCAAAUUAGAAAAUACAGGAUUGGAAGGAACUCGUGGGCCAAUAGAGGAUACUGAUGGUAGACUCAAGGAAAUUCAUGAUGUCAAUGCAGAACUGGAAAAACGCAAUGUGCAUGAGAGUGAUAUUGAUAGAUCCGAGGACAUAACGCAAAUAGAUCCACUAACACAGGAUGAAGCUAGGUGGCUGUCGAAGGAAGAAACUGAAGAUAAUGCUACAAAAGUUCAAGAAGUAAAGUAUGAACAAUUAAGAAAUGAGGCACCGAUUCAGGAGGAUACCAAGGAAAAGCCCUGUGCUGAUAGCAUGGAUCUAUCAGAGAAUGUUGUAGAUCAGUCCAAAGAGGUUGAUAAAUUGAAACAAGCAGAAGCAGAGGGUUGCCAGGUGUUAAUGGAGAAAGACAUGGAGAAUACCAGUGAUUUUUUUGUACUAGAACAGACAGAAGAUGGACACAGAAAAUCAUUGAUAGAGACAGGUAUAAAUAGCCAUAAUGAAAUUACUCUAGUCGAGCAGUUGGAUGGACAAAGCGAGAGACUUAAGAGGACAGGUACUGAGGAAAUUCAUGGAGAAACCAUUGAAGCACAAGAAAAGGAGUUUUAUAAGGAUGUGGCAGAAGAUUCAAAUAACUCAACCAAUGAUAAGGAUGUGGUAGAAGAUUCAAAUAAUUUAAUCAAUGCUGAGAUGCCAUGUAGUUCAGCUACUGUACAGUUAAAAGAAGAUAAGAUGGAAGUUUUUCAUGAAGGCAAGAUUGAGGAGCCAUGUGUUCAGGAUGUUGAACUGAUUAAUCAGAGGGAUCCAUCAUCUGAUGCAACUGCUAUGGAGAUUGAGGCAGUGGCUCUGGAGCAGGACAACAGAAUCAUACACAACAACAUGGAGGCAACAACAGUGGAAGGCAGCCACACGCUGGAUAGUGGACUAAAUUCUGAUCUAGCCAAUGUUAAUGAAACUCAUGCUGCAUGGGAAAUUAAAAACCAGGAAAUUUUGGACGUGGACAUGCAAGUAGCAAUGGAUGAAAGACAAGAUCUACAAGUGGUAACUGGAAAUGACAAAAGGAAUAUGUCAGAAGAUACAGGUACGAGUGUUUGUGGUGAAUAUCAAAUUAACUCAACUGGUACGGAGGAUGUCAAGUCUACCAAAGGAUUACAGAACCAAGAAUGUUUGGACCAGAAAGAACAACUAGCAAGGGAGGAAAGACACAAUUUAGGAACUACAACUGAAAAUAACAAAAUGAAUAUGUUAGAAGAUGCAGACGUUCUUGUCUGCGGGCAAUAUCAAAAUGGUCUAACUCAUACCAAGGUCAAGCCUACCAAAGGAAUACAAAACCAAGAAAUUUUGAAUAACAAAGAAGUAAUGGAUGAAAGAGUGGAGUGUGAAGUAACAGAUGGAAGUGGAGUAUCCUAUGAAGAGGCCUGUAAGCUUGGUGGUGAUGGAGUGAGUACCUCUGGAGUUGCAGUGGAUGUUAGUGAUCCAGUGCUAAACAAGGACUGCAACACAGAGGAGUUGCAGGCAAGGGAGGAUAAGCAGCACCAUGGAGUUGGACAUGCGAAUGAGAAGAGGAUUUUGGAAGACACUAGUAUGAUUAAUACUGGUGAAUUGAAAUGUGAUUUGACUGUUAUGGAGGUUAGCAUGGCUGGGUUAAGAGAGGGAACACUCAACCAGUGUGCUGCAAGUUUGGAGAAGGAAGAGGCAGUGCAGGAGAAGCAUGAUCAGGGAGUGGUAGAUGAAAACACAAACAGAGGUUCAGCUGACAUUGAUGCACUUGAAUGUGAAGGAGUGAAUCCUGAUGUGGCCAUGAAAAUGUUUCAUGAAACUAUUCUUACAACAGAAGCUGUCAAUGUACCUGGGUCUAAAAUUUCGUCUGAGAACAAGCAAAAGGAAGCACCCUUUGAAGAACACUCUAUAACAGAAGUCGAAGAUUCUGAAUCAAAUGAAUCUGCAAGAAAGGAGCCUGAAGGAGCUCUUCCACAAGAGCCUGGAAACCUGGUAAAAAUUAAGCAAGAAAGUUUGGAGAAUGGAACCGAGAUGUCCAUUUUUAGGGAGAAUGACAAAACUUCUGGAAAACAUCAGACCUCAGCAGAGUUUAUGAUUGCUCCUUCAAAUAUGGAUGAACGGGGUGAUAAUGAUAUUGGAUGGCCUGAUGAAUCAGCAAAAGGCUGCGAAAGGUUAACUUCUGAUUCAAUAAACACAGUUCGCUCCAUCAAAUUUGGCAAGCCAAGUAGUGAAGAGGUUAAGAGAACACAGAACACCAGGUCUAUGUAUCUAAAAGAUAUCAAGGAAUCAUUGGGUAGAAUUCGUGCUGAACCAUCAAACAGGGUACAUGCAACCAGUGUUGGGUAUCACUCUCGGCACGCAGCUCAGGAUCCAAUUUCAUCUUGCAAGGAGAUCAAAGUGCCUUUGCGAGACAGUGCAAGGGAUUUUGGAAGGGACCGUGCACUAGAGUUAGUGGUUACAAGUCCACAAGAAGAGACUCCUCGAUGGAGGCAAGAACAAUAUGCACUUCAAAUUUUAGAAGAUGUUCAAAAUUCUCGAAUUGCUGAGAAAUCUAGGAUGGAAAUGGAGAUCAGAGUACUCAAGGCACAAGUUAGUAGCAUGGAGAGACAAGGGAUGAACUUGGAUCACUCCUCUGAGGUGAAGUCCAGAUCUAGUUUGAACCAACAAAUGCUACAUUUGCACAAACCAUCCUUCUAA